UUUCGUGAAAAGUCGCAAUAGCGAUCCAACCUAACCUCUAUCACAGUGAGUCGAUGUGUUGUUUCGAGUCGCUUGAACUUAAGAAAAGCAGAAUUUAUUGAAGAAGAGGCAAAAACGCGUUAACGCGACGACAGGAUGUCCGGAUACACCGGCCAGGACAACAACUACUGGACGCAGUCGCCGCCGCCUGCGUAUCCUACGCAGGAGCAAUUCAACUUCGAUGCGUCCGGUUUCGGUCAACCUAACCAAUUUGAAUUCCAACCGUACGAACAGAUGUCCGGAGAGUAUUCAUACCCGCAGAAGAGCUUCCUGGAUCCUACGCAAAGCCCCUACAGUGGCGACCUGUUCACGCAAGACGAUUACACGAAAGGCACCAUUGGCUUUGGGGAGGAAGAGGAUGAGCCACCUCUGCUGGAAGAGUUGGGCAUCGAUCCCGACCGGAUAAUACAAAAGACUCUGGCUGUGUUGAAUCCCUUCCAUAGGAAAGGACAAAUUGAUGACGCGAGUUACUUACUGCAAGAUUCGGAUUUGGCAGGACCAGUGGCAUUCUGUUUAGUCCUCGCGGCAUUUCUUUUAUUGGCUGGUUCAAAGGCGCACUUUGGCUAUGUAUAUGGGUUGGCUAUGACCUCCUGCAUACUCAUGUACAUCCUACAAUCUCUGAUGAGCAGCAGCAGUAACAUUACCUUGUCAUCUGUUGCAUCUGUGCUAGGCUAUUGCCUGCUGCCGGUGGUCGUUCUAGCGGGCCUCGGCGUCUUCACCACAUUGAAAGGUCCGAUGGGCUUGAUAUUUGCGAUCUUGGCUGUUGCCUGGGCAUCUCUCUCUGCUUCUAGACUUUUCUCCACUAUGUCAGGAGAGGAGGAUCAAAAGCUUCUCAUAGCGUAUCCAUGUCUACUCCUCUAUGGCGUAUUCACGUUGAUAAUUAUUUUCUAAGUAAGGAAUCAAUUGUAAAUACAAGUUUCAUCCUUGAUGAAAUAAGUCCAAGCAGGAAGCUUAUUUUGUUUACACGCAGAUUGGUGCCAAUAUUUACGUGAUGUAGCAAAAUUUAUUUAUAUUUACUUUUUUUUGAUUGUACUCUCAGUAACAGUAAACUUUGUUAUAAAUGCACCAAUUAGAAUAAUAUACAGUUGAUUAAUUUCGUGGUAUUUAUAAUUUUAUAAAUCGUCUUCAUAAGCAUAUCUUGGCAGAUACGCUUAUUUUAAGAGUAUGCGAUAAUGCAUGAGUAAUGUCGUUUAAUACAAAGUUAGAUUAAGUCAUUUGUUACAAUUUAAUUUAAAUAAAGUUUCUGAUAUUAAUUUGUGUUGUCCUUGUCCAAGUAUUGCUAUUGUAGGCCAUAAAGUAAAUUUAAUUUUUAUAAUUAUUAAAUGAUAAAUUUACCAAGUAAAAUAUUUAUUAUUAAGAAUACAAUAUUUGUAUUCUUAAUUAUAAUGCCUUGAUUUUUAUAUUCUCAUGACUUUGAAUUGUUUUUAAUUUAAAAAAUUAUUUUUUACUUGGCACACGACAUACAAAAACUUGUAAUAAUAAAUAAUACAGUUGCAUAGCAUUUAACAAGAAAUUUUUAAUGAUUAAUUCAGCAAAAUCAAUGCAUAAGAUGUUAAUAACGAUUAAAGGUGACUUUUCAAUAUACCAAGAGACAUUGUAAUAAAUUUACGUUAAUAAUACAUGUAUAUUUUUAUAACGUUAUUGUAAUAUUGCAAUAUCCAAAUAAAUUUCCCAAAUAUGUAAAAUAUAAA